UUGGCCGCUAGACCACACCUAGUUGUUGAGUGCUCCUGCUGCCUGAAGACCUCUCAGCUCUACCCAGAUCGCUGGAGUGCGCACAAGUCUACUUUCACCAGACCAGAGAGAAGCUGUGGAAGCUGUGGCGGUGGAAGAGCCGUGGAAACUUUGCCAAGGCGAUGCCGACCUCGUCCACUAUCCACGUGCUGCAGUUGCUGCGGGAGCUGCUCGCCUUCGUGCUCCUCAGCUACACCGUGCUCAUCGGGGCGCUCCUGCUGGCCGGCUGGACCACCUACUUCUUGGUGCUGAAGUGACAGCGCUCGGGCCCGCGCUCGCCCCGCCCCGCCCCGCCCCGCCCCGACUCCGAGCUUCCCCUCCCGGAGGAGCGCAGUUCCUUUUCCAAGAGCGGCCCCCCCCGCCCCAAGCCCACUACACGCGUCACGGCUCGCGACCCGGCUCAGCACCCGUGCACUGGAGCCUGCGGCGGCCUGCGCCGAAACCGGAGCGGUUGAAAGCCAGGUGCGACCGUUAAAGCCGUUUCCUGGUGUUCUGGCCCCGCCCAUUCCUCCUGUCCAAUCGCAAUCGCGUCCUCCAGCGGGGGCGUGACCAUGAAGCCCCGGGCUCCUUGGGCCCCGCCUCGCUCGCGCUUCUGCUUGCUAUGCUGCGUCACUUCCGGCGCGUGCGUCCGGCGUCCGUCCGCCGCGGGAUGGCGGCUCUGAGGAGUUGGAUGACUCGGAGCGUAACCUUUCUGUUCAGGUACGGACAGCGUUUUCCUGUCUCUGCUAACUCUAAGAAACGCUGUUUCUCAGAAUUGAUAAGACCAUGGCACAAAACUAUGUUGACUGGAUUCGGUGUGACACUGUGCGCCGUUCCUAUUGCUCAGAAAUCAGAGCCUCAGUCUCUCAGCAACGAAGCACUGAUGAGGAGGGCUGUGUCUUUGGUAACGGACAGCACCUCUACCUUUCUGUCUCAAACCACGUACGCACUGAUCGAAGCCAUCACCGAGUAUACUAAGGCUGUCUACACGUUAGUGUCUCUGUACCGACAGUAUACAAGCUUGCUGGGGAAGAUGAAUUCCCAGGAGGAGGAUGAGGUGUGGCAGGUGAUCAUAGGAGCCAGAGUUGAGAUGACUUCAAAGCAGCAGGAGUACUUGAAGCUGGAGACCACGUGGAUGACAGCAGUCAGCCUUUCAGAGAUGGCUGCGGAGGCUGCCUAUCAGACUGGAGCAGAUCAGGCCUCUAUAACCGCCAGGAAUCACAUCCAGUUGGUGAAGUCGCAGGUGCAGGAGGUGCGCCAGCUCUCCCAGAAGGCGGAAACCAAGCUGGCAGAAGUGCAGACACAAGAGCUGCGCCAGAAAACACAGGAAGCGAGCGAUGAGGCAGCGGACCAGGAAGAGGAGGCCUACCUACGAGAAGAUUGAGGGCUCGAGCCCAGUGCCCUGUCCAUCCACUCUGUGGGGAAAGCAGGUGCAUGACAUCCACCCAGUGACGUCCCAACUGCAGAAGCUGACCGGUUCUGCCAUUGACAGUCAGACCAGAGCCUUUGCGAGCUGCGCCUGGCCCCUUCUCUCUGCUCGCAGCCUCUCUGGGCCUGGCUCUGCACUGUCCCUCACACAGCUUCUCUCUUGAUCUUUUACCUCACUCCCAAAGCACUUCACCAACCGGGGCCAAUGGAGGAGGGGCCUUUUCUGCCACACCCUUAAGUUCAAUAGCUGUUUAACUCCAGUUUUUACUGUUACUCAGAUGUUCAAGUAUGAAUUACUGCUUGCUCCUCCACAGGGAAGCUUGUCUGGUUUGUAACAUUUCUUUGUGUUUAUAAUGUCCUUUCUCCCUGUGAGCACAGCUCAGCUAAGGCGUUACUCAGUGUGAACAGUUCCCCUGGUGCUCCCCACAGCACCUUCUCCAACACGUGCUUCUUGUUCGUUCCUUUUUUGAAUUUCUCUGCUGUAUCCAAAGGAAGAGAAGUUUGGUGUUUGCAUUAAAAAAAAAAAAAAGUCUUC